CAUAGUGGGUUUCAAGAGCUUUAUCCAGAUGAAGUUAUAUCUGACAGGCAUUCUUCCUCUUUAUCCAAGUCACAUAACAAAAAGUGGGACCAUAGUGGAUUUUAUGAGCUUUCCAGGUGAAAGUGUAUCUGACGGGCACUCUUCAUCUUCAUCUAAGUCACAUGAUAAAAAGUGGGACCAUAGUGGAUUUUAUGAGCUUUAUCCAGGUGAAAGUAUAUCUGACGGGCACUCUUCAUCUUCAUCUAAGUCACGUGAUAAAAAGUGGGACUAUAGUGGAUUUUAUGAGCUUUAUCCAGGUGAAAGUAUAUCUGACAGGCACUCUUCAUCUUCAUCUAAGUCACGUGAUAAAAAGCAGAAGAAAAAGAAAAGAAAACGUCAUACUAAAUGUUCCUCAGCUGACAAAGAAAUAUGGGAAGAAUUCAAGCUUUUCAGACGAAGCAAAAUGGAAAAACAGAAAGCAAAAUCAAAAGAAUCCUUAGCAAGCAUUUCUUCACGAUUUGAUAACCAUGUGAAAGAGUGGCGUAAGCAUACUGAUGCUGUACAGUUGAAUUCCUAGUACAAAGAGAAAAUUAUCACCUGAAUUUUAGAUGGUGUUUGAACAUUUAAAUUUUAUAAAUGAAAACAAGCCAUUUGCAGUUUUUCUAAAUAUGUACUUUCUACUCAUACUGAAUUCUUUUCAUGUUUCAUAAAAUUUAAUAACGCUUAAAUAAACUGUGGUAUAUGGUGUAUUUUUUGCAUAUUGGAUUGUGUGUAUAUUUUGUUUCCUGCAUAAAUAUUAAUGAGUAAUUUUAUGUAUAAAUUGUAAGUUUUCUUAAUAAAGUUCGAAACUUUUUCUCAAAUGGACUAAA